GUCCUUUUUUCGAUAAAAAAAAUUGUCACGAUUACGUCCAUUCUAUCUACUACUGCGGAUUUUCUUUUUCUUUUUUCUUCUUCUUCUUUAUGAGUAAUACGUCUUCACCUCUAUCCACCAUGUCCGAUAGCGAGUUUAAUGCUAUGGACAAUAUUAGCAACGAACUAAGUCAUUUAGGCGUUGACUUGGUCGACCAAACCGAAUUUGAAAAAACGCUGUUUGAAAAGGCAGAUAAAGCCCUAGCCGAACGAGACGAUGCAUUGGACCAAAAACGUCUCCAGAAAGCCAAUCAAGAGAUCCACGCAGCACAAAAACAGUUGGAUCAAUUGAAAUUAAAACUCAAAGAUGCUGUGGAUAAAGAACCAUGGAUGGCCAAGAUCACAACCCAAGCCAAUAAACUCAGACAGGCAAUGCAAGACAAACGCGAUAUUGAGGCACGUAUGCAGGAGCGCCAACAAGCAAGUGUGUCACUGAGUCAAGAUCAAAAACAAGCCAAUGAAACACAGCGUGAUUAUCUGGUGAGGACGGGUAAAAUCACACCAUUUGAUACAAAUGUGUCGGAUCAUUCUGUUGUGUUUCCUGGGUCAGGGCAUGUAAUGUCGCAUCAGGAUUUACAUGUGCCAAGUCACAAAGCGACCUUGAAGCCUAAGCGUAAAUUAUCUCGAGCUGAGGACGAUGAUUAUCAAAUAGAGGAAGAAGAAGAAGAGGAAGAAGAGGAAACGAUACGUACAAAAGCAUUAGACGAAACCUACGAAGAUGACGGAUCUGAAGAGCAUUAUCAAAAGCGACUUGAUGAUUGGAUCUAUCAAAGGAAAACUAUGCGUUAUCGUGUUACACACCCAGAUAUAUCAUUGGAAGAAAUAAAAGAAAAACUAAACCAGACACCUAUGGAUGAUGAAGAGCAGUUUAAACCUCAUCCUCAUUUUGAAGAUGUUACAUUUGAUGAUUUUAAAGUGCCUGGUGAACUCUGGGAUUGUUUAUUUGACUAUCAAAAGACAUGCGUACAAUGGUUAUGGGAACUGCAUCGUCAACAAGUAGGCGGUAUCUUGGGUGAUGAAAUGGGGCUAGGAAAAACCAUUCAAAUCAUUGCGUUUCUAUCAGGCUUGUAUUAUUCCAAACUAUUAGGGCCUGGCCAGCCCACCAUGAUUGUAUGUCCAGCUACUGUGAUGAAGCAAUGGGUGCAAGAGUUUCAUAAAUGGUGGCCGCCCUUAAGAGUGGCUAUUUUGCAUGCAAGUGGUACAGGUGUCAAAUAUGCUUACCACGAUCAAGAAGACAUUGAACUUUAUGACAGUGCAGACGAAGAAGAAGCUUAUGAACCUGAUCGUCGAGGAAAACAAGCCAAACGGCCCAAGAAAUCUUCUACGAGAAGUAUCUUGUCUACCAAAACAGGUCGGAAUGCAGCUGCCUUGGUUGAUUACUAUAUUCAACAAGGUGGCAUUUUGAUUACAACUUACAGUGGCGUUCAAAGCUAUCGAGAGAUUCUUUUAAAACAUAAAUGGGGCUAUGUUGUCCUUGACGAAGGACACAAGAUUAGAAACCCUGAUUCAAUCACUACAUUAGCGAUCAAACAGUUCAAGACACCUCAUCGUAUCAUUUUAUCAGGCACACCUAUCCAAAACAACCUCAAAGAGCUCUGGUCUCUAUUUGAUUUCAUCUUUCCAGGCAGAUUAGGUACACUCCCUGUCUUUCAGACACAGUUUUCAGUACCGAUUGGCAUUGGGGGUUAUGCGAAUGCCACCAAUGUUCAAGUACAGACAGCCUAUAAAUGUGCUUGUAUGCUGCGAGACUUAAUUAACCCUUAUCUCCUGCGUCGCAUCAAAGUCGAUGUAGCUGCUGAUCUACCCAAAAAGAACGAACAAGUCUUGUUCUGCAAACUCACACCACCUCAACGAAAAGCCUACUUGAAGUUCAUUCACUCAAAGGACAUGGACGCCAUUCUUGAACGUCGUCGUCAAGUCUUGUUCGGGAUUGACAUUGUGCGUAAAAUAUGCAAUCAUCCUGACCUUGUAGACUUGACCUUACCCCUCUCCGAUCCUGAUUAUGGCAACCCUGAAAGGAGUGGUAAGAUGGUGGUUGUAAGAGCCUUGAUGAAGAUGUGGAAACAACAACACCACCGUGUGCUUUUGUUUUGUCAGACAAGGCAAAUGCUGGAUAUUCUACAGAUCAUGGUGCGUAACAUAGGCUACAAGUUCUUGAGAAUGGACGGAAGUACGCCUGUCCAUCAGCGCAUGAUGCUUGUCAAUGAGUUUAAUGCAUCGCCUCAUAUUUUUGUCUUUUUGUUGACGACAAAAGUAGGUGGACUUGGCUUGAAUUUGACAGGUGCAGAUCGAGUGAUUCUGUUUGACCCAGAUUGGAAUCCUUCAACAGAUAUGCAAGCAAGAGAGAGAGCAUGGCGAUUAGGACAAAAGAAAGAUGUUACUGUCUAUCGACUGAUGACAAGUGGCACUAUUGAAGAAAAGAUCUAUCAUCGUCAAAUCUACAAACAAUUCUUGACCAACAAAAUCCUAAAAGAUCCUAAACAGAGACGGUUCUUUGAUGCCAGUAACUUACAGUCCUUGUUUACGUUGGGAUUAGAAGAUGCCACAACAACAGAGACAGGCGAAUUGUUUAAAGGCACAGAAAUCAAACAUAAUCAAAAAAAGAAGAAAAAGAAGCGAAAUAAUGAUGAUGAUCAACAAGAUUUAAUUGAAUUAGAAGGUGUACAUGGUUUAGAACAAUAUGCUGAACAAGAAGAAGAAGAGCAGCAUGAAGAUCAUGUGCUUCAGAGUCUGUUUGAAAUGACAGGUAUUCAAAGCGCUUUACAACAUGAUCAGAUUAUGGACUCUGCUUCUCAUGACACUGUGUUUGUUGAACAAGAAGCUACACAAAUCGCCCAAAGAGCAGUGGCUGCAUUGAAAGAAUCGCGCCGCCAAAGACGUCAAAUGGACAUUGGCACACCUACCUGGACCGGUCGUUCGGGUACAGCAGGUGCACCCCGCUAUUUUCUUGAACGAUCCGCAACACCUCCUGCUCCUCGAUUUGGCAAGCAAUUCAAUGCACCUAUAGGUUCCCACAGUGCACCAGGAUCGCCUCAACCGGGUUUUGGCUCAGGUGCUGUCUCUGGUUUUAAGUCGAUCCAAGGAGGAUCCAAAGCAUCUUCUAGUAGUUUAUUAGCAAGAAUGAGAGAAAGAAAAGCCAUGGCAUCUCAUGAACCACCUGAACCAAACAUCCUUGACAAUACAGAAAGAGAAGGUAUGAUUGUCAAGAUUCAAGACUAUCUUACUCAACACCAUGGCCGUGGUACUUCUAAAGACAUAAUGGAUAAUUUGGGCAUUCAUAUCAGUCAAGAACAAGUCCUUAUUUUUCGAAAAAUGCUGCAAGCCAUAGCUAAAUUUCAAAAGGAUCAAGGUGUUUGGGUACUUAAAGAAGAAUUUCGAUAAUGCAACUUUAAGUUCCGAUUAUGCUAAUCUUGAAUAAACUAUCGUGACUGAAGAAAAGCAGCUCUCUCUUUCUCUCUUUU